AUGCCACCUAAAAGUGAAGAAAUUAUUGAUGAAGAAGAACUAGUGAAUCAAGAUAAACAAACUGAUCAAUUUAUAUCGGAAUGGGAUAGACGUAGAUAUAUUCCAAAAGCUGGUGAACCUGAAUUACCUCCACAAUUGAGUGAAUUAUCCAAUAAAUCAACAGAUGAAGUUAUUAAAGAAUUGAAUAGAUUACCAUUUUUUAUGACUGAAUUAGAUGAUUCAGAUGGUCAAGGUGGUGAAAAUACGGAAUUAGAAGCUUUGAAACAAUUAGCAUAUGAUGGAGAACCUCAUGAAAUUGCAACAAACUUUAAAAAUCAGGGGAAUGAUUGUUAUAAAGCAAAACAAUAUAAACAUGCAAUUGAAUAUUAUAAUAAAGGUCUUGAGAUAGAUUGUAAUGUACCUGAUAUAAAUAAAGCUUUAUUGUUGAAUAGAGCUGCUUGUAAUUUGGAAUUACGUAAUUUUAGAAAAUGUAUUGAUGAUUGUAAGAAAGUUCUAUUAAUUGAUGAAAAGAAUAUUAAAGCAAUAUUUAGAUCAGCUAAAGCAUUCUUUGCAAUUGAGAAAUAUGAUGAAUCCAUAGAAAUUUUGAAAUAUGGUUUAACUAUAGAUCCAAAAAAUAAAGAUUUAAAUGGGAUACUAAAAGACAUAGAGACUAAAUUAAAAAACAUACAAGAAUUAAAAGAGAAAAGAGAAAGGGAGAAACAACAAGAAGCUUUAAAAGCUAAAUUACUAGAUGAUUCAAUAAAACUAAGACAUUUUAAAAUAAUAAAAACAAAAUCACCACCUGAAGUUUUACAAAAGGCUAAAAUACGAUUAGAAGAUCCAAUGGAUUAUCAAUCUCAAUUAAUAUUUCCAGCAAUGCUUUUAUAUCCUACAAUAGACGAAUUUGAUUAUAUAGAGGAAAUAAGUGAAUUAAUUACACCAUUGGAAAUUUUAGAAAUGAUAUUAGAUAGACCUAAAGAAUGGUUUGAUUCACAUCCUGGUUUCACAGUUAAUAAUCUUGAUUGCUUUAUGGAAACUGAAACUGGAGGUUUAGUUAAAGUCGGUAAAAAAAUAGAAUUAAACAAUGCUUUAAUGAAUGAUAAAUCUUCAAAAGCACCUUUGUUUGAUAAUGCAUUAAGAUUGUAUAUUGUACCUAAACAGGAUGUAUCCAAAUGGAUCUCUGAAUGGUCUAAAGAAAAGGCUUUAGCAACUCGUAAAUAG